CUUAUGCGAAACGCUCUCGAGUCACGGACUCGUGACGAUGUUGUCCUACUAUCUGUUAAAUGGUCUACCCGCAUAUAAAUCGGUUAACAUUCGCCCUGCCUGUCCAGGAGAUGGACUCUAACCGGCUGUUUGAGGUACAUACCAUUGAAGAGAUACGAGGGAUCGAGAAGAGAACAAGGUCUGACAUAGAAAGAAAAAAGGAAGAUUUGAGAACUAUGGUUGGAGAGCGGUACCGUGACUUGAUUGAAGCUGCAGACACCAUAGCUGAGAUGAAGAAUAGCGCUUUAAAUGUGAUGUCUACCAUAAGCAACAUAGAAGGUUUGUGCAAGGAGCUCAAGCAGAGUCACAUGAUAUCAGGGUCUGCCAAGCACCGCAAGAACAAGCUUGAGUUAGAUAACAGAAGAAAAGAGGAAGCCAGAUUCCACGAGGUUUCAUCCCAGAUUAAGCUGCUUCUUGAUAUGCCGGAAAAAAUUUGGACAUAUUUAGAUAACGAGGACUUCCUGUCUGCUAGCAGACUGUACCUGCUGUCCCAGCACAUUAACACCAGUCUGCAUCUCAACUCCCAGAAUGCAUCCAACUUCCUGUACUGGUUCCCAGUCCUUACUCGGCAAUGGGCAGCUAUCAGCCACUUUAAAUCCACCAUCUUGCAGGGAUGCAGGCAGGUCAUCAAAGAGUCUUCUGUUUCUGACCAGAAAAUAGCAGAGAGUCUAUGCUCAAUACUGCUGUUGGAGAACUCCAAUCCAAGACAAGUCUUCAAUGAAUUCCUCCUGGCUCGAACAUCUGCCAUCCAGGCCCUGUUCCAGGCUGGUACCAGUAGCACCAAGGAGCUUGUGUGUUCUGUCGUCCAGCUCAUCUCUACAACUAUACACCAGAUCUAUGCCGUCUUCUACAACAAUGAAGGGGCUGAAGACAAAGAUUUAGAAUCAGCAAAUUUGCUUUUGAAAAGUCUUGUAAAAGUGACCAGUGAAAAACUUCAUGAGAGCGGGCUGGUUGAUUUCCAAAGUUCAGCGUCUUCCAAGUCUCUGCCCAAGUCUGUCACUGAGUUCUGUCCCAGUCACAAGUCCGUGUCCAUGGGCGUGUCUGAGAGUCAUCUCCAUGACAACUGUAAACAAUGGAUUCACACCUGUACAACAGACAUCAAGACAGGGGUCGGCAAGCUCUUGAACUACGUGAAGACGGUCAAGCACCUUGCAGCAAUCCGUGAUGCAGUGUGGGACAUGAUGCAUCAGGAUAGCAACCAGGUGACCUGGGAGGGGGUGUGUCUGAAGGUGCUCAAUGAACCCCUCUACAUCUGGCAGGACCUCAUCAGGCCCCUCUUUGUGGACAGAGUUAAGACCCUGAUUCAACAGCAGUUUGAAGCCACAGUAGACAUGACUAGAAAACAGAUUGGCAAGAUCAUCACAGAGGUGGACUCUCCACAAGGAAGUUCCCUGGUGUCGGAGGCGGACAUGGGCUCCUAUGUGUGGUCAGAGAGCCCGGGAGACCUCGCCCCCAACACGGCCUGGGGCACUGCGGGCUCCCGUACUCUGCUGGAGAGUGGGGGGCUGAUGAUGAAGGCCAAGGCUUACACACCCGUCAUACAGAGCUUCUGCAAAAGUGUUGACGAGAAGCUUAAAAGCAUUGAGGUGGACUAUAAGUUUUAUAUCUUCUCUGAUGUUGAUACAUUGUGUGUUACUGUGGAAACCCAGCCUUUCAACAGAUAUGCAGACUCUGUUUCCCUUCUGAACUAUGUGCAGGUGUCCUGUUUGGAGAGUGUGAACAGCCUGAUGGAGUACCUUACUCAGCUACUGGGGGAGUGCAGAACAGCCCUGGCAGCUGUCACUGAGCGUCAGAACACAGUAGGAAACAAGCUGUUACUGACAGGCCGGCUAUGUGCAGCUCUGUGUGACCUGACACCUCAUCUGAGGCAGAACAUGCUGGGCAGGGACCAGAUAGCAUCCACUGAUGGUUCCAGAUCCUUGUUGAAGAAAUCAGUGAGUGCUCGGUCACCUGGACAACAGGAAAUGAACGCUGUUUGGGAAGACGUGAAGUCACGCUUCACUGAACUGCAGCAGUCUGUCUACAGGGUGUGGAUUGACCACGUGGUUGCUACGUCUCUGACUGGUUUCACUGCUGCAGUCCACUCCAACACUACAGCUGAUUUAGUUCAAACAUGCUCGAAGUGGGAGGAGGUGUCAAUAGAGGAGGAGACAGAGGACGGCAAGAAAGUCUCUUCAAAGAUAUCAGUGCCCAUGCAGGCCUCCUGGUAUGUGAUGUCAUUGCUAUAUGGGCUGUGUCGUGACCUUAACAACAUGGGAGGACAUGCCCUGGCAAGGGGUGUGCUGGAGUACCUCGUGUACAGCGUGUCAGACGGCAUGGUGUCAGUCUAUGCAUGCCUGGUGAACCAGUCUAGCUCCAGUAAGGAACCAGUCCUCACACAACAGAGGGCUCUGCAACUUCUAUUUGAUGUGAAAUUUCUUCGACUUAUCAUUCCUCGUAAAGACGAUGCAGCGGAGAGCCGUGUGUAUCAGGAGAGACUGGACGGAAUAGUGGGGUCCCUAGAGGAGCAUGUGGACCCCUUUGACCUGGAUGUGUUCAGCCCCUACAUGCAGGCCAACCUGAACAAGAUGCUGCACAGGACAUCGGUGUUGCUGGGAGGGCUUACCAGUCUAGACAGGAUGGGCCUGUACUCAGUGACCUCUCGACCCCCGGCCGGUACCCAACAGGAGCAACACAACGUCAUGCUGCUUUCAACCUGUCAGAGCAGGUUCCCCCUUUUACCACUCUCCACGCAGCAGACGAGAUUUAGUGCGACGCAACCAGUGGUCCCACAGACUUUGUAUUGGGGAGGGGACACGGGAGGUGCGAGUCUCAAGGAGACAGCCGCUGCUGUGCUGCCUCAGUCUGGAUCACAGAAGAUGGGAACCAGCUCCUCAUUCUACGACAAGAUAGGAACCGGCCUGGGCAGCAUGACCGAUAUUUCUAACUGGUUCUCUACCAUUGGAUCAAAGUGAUGAGGGACACGCACUAAAAACAAAAAUUGACUGCGAAUCAUGAUAAAAAAUUGGAAUAUUUAAAGUGUUUGUGGAUUUUGUGAUACAGUACCAGAUAGUUGUGACUUCGGAAUUCAGAUGGCUUUACAACUGCUAGCACAGUUUGGGUAUUACUUUAGAGAAACAAUUAUUGUUUAUGUAUUAUUAUUAUUCUCUAUUAUUUUUUACUGUAAUUACUGCCUUGGAGUGUAAUUUAUUUAAAAGACAUGUUAUAUUUUAAUAUUGAUUUAUUUAUGUUUGUAUAAUGUGGUUUUAUUUAACAUGAUUAAAUUAAAGAUCCAUAAACACUGCCCAAUACUAUUAUGCUAUAUGAAAAUUUCCAGCAAAAGUGUGAUACGAAUGUUAAUUAGAAUAGGAAAACCCUAAAACAAGUAACAUUGGUGUAAAAAUGUUAAAAUACAAACAUCCUGCAACUUUGUAGCAUCUAAAAAUCAUUUCACGAUGUCAUCUUGUUUCGUUUUACAGAUGAUCUUUAGUCAGGAUCAGAUUAUUGCGUUUUGCUUUUAUUUACAUAAUUCGGAGCUCACUAGCAGGCUUGUGCUUUCUAUUAGAUCAAUGACUUUUUUAAUAGAUUACUGGCAAAUUCAAAAUCAUUGGAAAACCCGAUCCUUUCCUUGACACAGUUCAAUUCACUUAUGUAUUGCCCCACAUACACUUUCAUUUUUGCACGCUCCCUUUUUUAUGCUCCCCAUAUAUAUAUAUAUAUAUAUAUAUAUAUAUAUAUAUAUAUAUAUAUAUAUAUAUAUAUAUAUAUAUAUAUAUAUGGGUAGCAUAUAGUUGCCAGUUUGUCCUUCCGCACUUCCGUACUGUCAAACUUUUGUUAGUUUCUCAUAGCACCUUCAAUACUUUACCGAUCUCUUUCAUAUUUGGCAUGUAGAUACCUUGCAUGGACCUCUACCUUUUGAUGACGUUUGAGGUCUCUGGGGUCAAGGUCAAGGUCACCAAAGCUAAUAAAAGAUUUUUCCGUCACAUUUUUGUUACAGUUUCUCAUAGCACCUUCAAUACUUGACCGAUCUCUUUCAUAUUUGGCAUGUAGGUACCUUGCAUGGACCUCUACCUUUUGAUGACGUUUGAGGUCACUGGGGUCAAGGUCACCAAGGCUUAUAGAUUUUUCCGUCACACUUUUGUUACAGUUUCUCAUACCACCUUCAAUACUUUCAUAUUUGGCAUGUAGAUACCUUGCAUGGACCUCCACCUUUUGAUGACGUUUGAGGUCUCUGGGGUCAAGGUCAAGGUCACCAAAGCUAAUAAAAGAUUUUUCCGUCACAUUUUUGUUACAGUUUCUCAUAGCACCUUCAAUACUUGACCGAUCUCUUUCAUAUUUGGCAUGUAGGUACCUUGCAUGGACCUCUACCUUUUGAUGACGUUUAAGGUCAAGGUCACUGAGGCUAAUAUUAGAUUUUCUCAAGGUCUCAUUUUUUUCCGCACAAUUAACCCAUAUAUCGACAAAGCAUCAUUGGGGAGCAUCCAUCAGUUUUACUGAUAUUCUUGUUUUCUUUCUUUUUUCUUGCUGAAUCGCUAAGAGCAGGACGUCCUCGCUUGAGCUCUGUGAAUUAAUAACAUAAUGGUCAUUCAUGUGAACUUUGUCAUGCGUCUGACGCUGCCCCAAUCUAAUAUUGCAUUCCCUUGUAAAUUUUGGAGAUGGUCGCGAGAAAUUCAAAUGGAUUAUAGCAUUGAAAUUUUGGCUGUAAGGAACACUAAUUUUUUAUGGGUUAACUUUUUUCACUAAGUAUUGAUUGAUUUUGAGUGUUUAUAGAUCUUUAAAUGCAUGAGGGUUAUUUAUUUGAUUAAAGUACACAUCAUUUCUUGUUUUUGUCCUUUAGUUAUGCCGGCGACACAUAUUUGUUUAUGGUACUUAAUAGUUCCAAAUAGUCAAAACUAUUGUAUGCAGAUGAUUAUUAUUAUUAUUAUUUGAUAUACUUUUUGACUGUUCAUUGAGUGGGUAAUUUAUUUCGGGCUGUCAACACUUACAGUUGAAUAAUUCAAUAUAUAAGGUAUUUUUUAUUUGUUAACUUUCAACAUAUAGUAAGAUAAAAUAAACCUGAAUACUUGUUAAUUUAAGCCUUGAAAAUGCUACUAAUACUGCUACUACAAAUUUAGGUGAUGUUCUGGAGCUCCAUCAAACACAUUAAACAGAACUUUGAUAGCACA